UCAGAUACAGUGUGCUCUUGUCUUGUACUGACACAACGGUUUUGCUCGGACCACACUAAAUUUAUUCAUAUUUGCCUCAAACUGACUGUUAUUCAAUUGCGCCAGUCUGCGAUCGCAUCUCUUUACAUCCUAUCUUAAAUUCAUAACAGUAACAGCAAACAUGAAGACUAAAUUUGUUAAUGGCGUGUCUUCUUCGCCUUCAAUGUCUCUGGGCUUACUGGUAAAUGUGAGUGCACUGGAAGUCCAGCCAGAUAGUGGGAACGACUGCAAAGACACUAUUCGAGCGGAUGAGCCAGACCAUCAGACGAAGCAUAAGGCGUAUCUGUGGUGUAAAGAGUUUCUUCACGGAGCCUGGAAAUCAAUAGAUGAAGAUGAUUUCCAAAUCACUAUAAUCAGGGGAGGUCUCAGCAACAAACUGUUCCUCUGUUCUUUGCCAGAGAACCAACCGAGUCUUGGAGAUGAACCACGAAACAUUCUUCUUCGUCUUUAUGGACAAAUACUGCAGAUGUCCUGUAAUAAAGGAGGAUCCAGAGAAUCAAAUGCUGAAAAUCACUUUCAAGGGGCUGAAGCUAUGGUGUUGGAGAGUGUUAUGUUUGCUAUACUGGCCGAGCGUGAGCUGGGUCCUAAGCUGUACGGCAUCUUCCCGCUGGGGCGGUUGGAACAGUUUGUCCCAAGCCGAAAACUCUCCACAGAUGAGCUGAGCGUUCCUGCCAUAUGUGCUGAGAUUGCAGAGAAGACUGCCAAAUUUCAUGGAAUGAGAAUGCCUUUCAACAAGGAGCCAAAGUGGCUGUUUGGCACUAUGGAAAAGUACAUGGACCAAGUACUUCGCCUUAACUUUACCAGGGAGUCCCAUCUGCUGAAUUAUUCUCGCCUUUUGAGCCAUAACUUACCUCAAGAGAUGGACAACCUCAAGUGUCUACUUGAAUCUACUCAAUCACCUGUUGUUUUCUGCCACAACGACCUGCAAGAAGGAAACAUCUUGCUCCUAAAUGAUGGCGAGAACAUGGAUCAACAAAGGCUCAUGUUGAUCGACUUUGAGUACAGCAGCUACAACUACAGAGGGUUUGACAUUGGAAAUUUUUUCUGUGAAUGGAUGUACGACUACACCUAUGACAAGUUUCCAUUUUUUAAGACAAGCGCCAAAAAUUACCCUACCAAAGAGCAGCAGAUGCAUUUCUUUCAGAGUUAUCUGUUAGAAUUUGACUCCGAAUUUGCAAACCUGAGUGAGCAGGACCAAAUGAAAAUCAAAGAGGAGAUGCUUGUUGAAGUUAACAGAUUCGCACUGGCCUCCCACUUCUUCUGGGGAUUGUGGUCCAUCAUCCAGGCCAAAAUAUCAACUAUUGAGUUUGGGUACAUGGAAUAUGCCAUGGCCAGGUUUAAUGCAUACUUUGAGUUAAAGAGGAAGCUGAAGGUUUAAAGGAAAUGUGCAUGAGUUCCCAAUGGCAGAAGGGGAGGGGCAACAACCGCUCGUGUGUUGACAGGAAGUGUACUGGGCAGUUAUUAAAUGCGCUUAAAAGAGGAUGCUCUCCAACUUAUUAUUAUACUAUCCCACAUGGGCCCAAAUGAAUGCGACAUUCCUAUUUCAAAAGGCUCAUUGAAUGUCACACAUGCUGCUUUUCAGUGUUUACAAGUUUAAUACAAUUAACAAACCCGCCUCAGUUAAUUGAAGAAAAACUUCUGUGUGGAUAAAUGGUGGUGGGUCAAAGGUUAUUUGAAGCAUUUCGAAAAUAUCCUUGUGCAGCUGUAUUCACAAUUAUAACAAAAUGAAAAAGGGUGUGGUCAUUACUUUUUCAAGCUAACCUCGUGGUGUUUAUCACCUAUUCAUCUGCUGUGGUGUUAUCUAUAUAACUGAUAAUAGGAGACAUGCUGUGAAAGAUUAAGGUUCAAAAACCUGGACCUGUUACCAGACAAUGGUACAACAGACCAAACCGUGUUGACAUUGUGGUUUUGAUCAUUUCUGUUAUUGCACAAUUUUUCUUUUUUUUUUCAUCAUCUUACCUCCAUGUCAUUCUCUACUAAAACAGACCAACCCUGUUCCUGGAAAUCUACUUUCCUGAAGAGUUCGCCUCCAACCCUAAUCAAACACACCUGAACCUGCUAAUCAAGUUUUUUAUGUUUUCCAAAAACAUUAGAGGCGUGUGUGCUGAAGUAUAGUUGGUUUCUAAAGUAGGCACGAGGGUAGAUUUCCAGGAACGGGGAUGGCAACCACUGGUCUAGUAGGUCCUGUAUUUUAUUUCUAUUUGUAGAAGUUUAGUAAAUCCAUGUGAUGUGAACUACAGUAGCUAUGUAUGUGACAAUACUGUUUGCGUACCCUUAAUAGAGAGGUGGUGUGAAAUAUCCAAACUUAAAAAUUGGAAAACUUUGUUUUUGAUCCUAGUGGUCUCAUUCACCUAAUACAGGUGCUUGUGUAUUUUUAUAUAAGAAUUUGAUAAGACGAAUUUAAUUUAGUCUGUUAAUAAGAGAUUUUCCCCAGUUGUAUCUGACUUAGUCAGUUGUCUCCAUUGAAUACAUACACUUUUAAAUAUAAUAUACAAGUACAUUAUGUACUUGUAAGUUAGAUAUAAAUCUUACAGAUUCACUUUGAACACAGAAGGGAAUGUUAUUAAAUGUUUAUUCUUGUUUUGUAAAGUACUAUAGAAUUGUUUUAUAAUAUUUACUCAGUUUCUUUGAAUGUAGUUUUUAUUUUAAACUAUUUUGCGGUAAUUAUAUUCAUACUGUUUCUUUUAUUUUUUUCUUACUAUUGUUUUCUUGAACUCUUCUUUGUGUAUUUGAAAUGUAUUUGUAGUAUUACAAUAUUAUUGUAGCAGGCUGGCCUUUUUGCUAACAGUAAUGUCAAAGGCACUUUCUGGAGCGGUUCUGUGAAUAAGUUUUAGUAUUUGCAAAUGUAUCUUAUAUUUUAUUUUUCAGCAAUGGAAGAAGUAUUUGGUGUUCUCUGUCUAUACUGUAAUAUUAACUGGUGGAUCUUUCAAGCUAUUUUUUUCUGUACUAGACUGAUGAUUGAAUCAUUUUCAUAUUGCACACAGAUCUGAUGUAAAAUCUGAAAAUAUUUAUUUACCUAUUCAAUUCAUUUUAAUAAAUGGACAAAAGGUCAGAGUGGAAGGGAUGUAUGUAAAAAGAAUUAAUGUCUUUGCAUUUUAAAAUCAGGUUCAGUUUAUCAAGGCCAUGAACAUGCUAAACCGUUCAUUUGUUAACAAUAAAAGAAUAGAAGCAACACUAUACACUUCUGCAAAAAAAAAAAAAAAAAAAUGAUUUCACUUUGCAGCAUGGAAAGUUUACUAAUGUACUAAUUCAUGCUUUGCAUAUUAACUGUGAAUAAAAGUCUGAAACAUUA